AUGACGGAAACAAGAGAAGAGAAGAAGCGUUUUGAACCCAAGGUGCCUGUUGAGCUCGAUCCGCCCAAGGAUGACCCCAUUUCCCUAGAGGAACUGGCCAAAUGCGACGGCACCGAUCCUAACCGUCCGACUCUGGUCGCUAUCAAGGGAGUCGUUUUCGACGUGAGUAAGAACGCUGCGUACGGCGCCCAGGGUUCAUACCGAGUCUUCGCCGGUAAGGACGCUUCUCGUGCCCUCGCAUGCUCUUCCCUCAAGCCCGAACAAUGUGUACCAGAGUGGUAUGAUCUCGAUGACAAGGAGAAGACCGUACUGAACGAAUGGUUCACCUUCUUCAGCAAGCGGUACAACAUCGUCGGCAAGGUCGAGGGUGCCAAAAACACUUAG